AUACAAAUCGUUUCCGAUAAAGAAACUGAAAUCGCUAAGGAGGCGUUACGUAAAAAUAAUAAACGUGGAGCCUUGCUAGCGCUAAAAAAGAAGAAAUAUCAACAACAAUUGUUAGAAAAAACCGAUGCGCAACUAAUGAAUCUAGAAGAACUUGUCAGUAAUUUUUGCAUAAUUAAGCUACAAUCCAAACAUAAAUUUGUUAUUAACAAUAAUUAUACAAUUAAGACUCAAACAAUAGAGUUCGCAUUGAUAGAAAAAGAAGUUUUAAAUGGACUGAAAGCUGGAAAUAAUAUUCUAAAGGAAAUUCAGAAAGAGAUGUCAAUCGAAGAUGUGGAAAAGUUAAUGGAAGAUACUGCGGAUGCUAUUUCUUAUCAGAAUGUAAAAAAAAUUAGAUUUAUAAUAUAUAUAACGAUGUUAGUGAAGUUAACAUACGCUAUUUUGGAUGAAAAUAGGAAAUCGAAGAAUUGCUAA